AUGGCCGCCGUUCAUCUACUUCCCAUGUCCCAAGCAGUGGCACCUCACUCUGCUGUCUGCGACUCAAGAGCCGCCUCCCCCUCCCCUCCUCAAGAUGCCACUGGUGAAUUUUUACAAAAGCCACAGUGGUUGGAUAGAGGAAACACGCCCCCCGCGAACGACGUCGACAACGUGCCGACCCGAAACCCAGCGUCGCAGUGUGAUGUCAUGGAAAGGGACAUUCAACAUUGGUCUCAUACGCUUCCCUCCCUCUCUCAGUGUGAUGCCUUUGAGCCUCAUGGUGGUGCCCAGAGCCCUUCAGCCCUACAAGGCAAAACCCCGUCAAUCCACGAGAGCCCAGGCUUUAUCCCCGAGUAUCCACAGAACCUCAUGGUCCCAGCUGCUUCCGAGCCAGGCACGCCGAUCAAAGAAGAAAGCUUUGACAUCGAGGAUCCCACCCUCGCUUUGGUUCAUCCCAUCCCUAGACCAUCGAGCCUCUAUAUCGCCAGCAGGAACAUGGCAUUAUUCGCGGAUUCACAGAUAGGAUUUGAACCGACACCACUCUUCAGCUCCCCUACAACAUCGCAUGAGUAUUCGUCCGACCACGACAUCGUCCCCAAGUCAGAAUGGUCAAUUGACGACUUGGAAACCGCGCCGUUGUUCAAUGAAGCACCACUGGGAAGACCAAUAGACACCUUUGUCGGCACCAGCUUCACCCCAAUGAACGAAACAUGCAGCCCUGAUUCGUCACUGUCGUGGUCGCCCGUUGGCUACCAGACUAGUUGUGACAUACAGCACCAAGGUGUCAGCCAAAACGAAGUCUUUUGUUCGAGCGGCCCGGAGCUCUUCAGCAUCGAUGGCCAGUAUGGCCAUGUCAGCGCAGGAUUUGACCAGACAACGGCGACCAGUGACCUCAAUUGCUUGACGCUCUUGAGCAAUGACAGCCACUCGUAUCUCCAGCCAUCGGUACCCUUGAGCCCCUGCAGACCCGACUAUACCAACCGAGACACAGUGAUGGUUAACAAAGACCACGACCCCUUUCGUUUUGCUGCAGAAACAUUUGCAUAUCAUGAAAGCUUGCUUCGACUCAAUCAACUGACACACCAGAGGAUUGCAGUCGAGACGAACCACCACCUUCGUCAGCAAUUCCUGGGUAAUAGAACGUUCAGCUGCCCUGAAGAAACACGAAAUGCCUUCUUGAUAGAAUGUAAACGCCGCGGUUUGUCCUACAAGGAUAUCAAAAGGCUUGGUGGAUUCAAAGAAGCCGAGUCGACGCUGCGUGGUAGGUACCGGACACUUACCAAAUCCAAAGACCAGCGAGUAAGAAAGCCAUUCUGGCAUGACAACGAUAUAAGACUCCUCUGCGAAGCAGUGAACGUGUGCUCGGAAAACGGAAAGUAUUGCCGCCACCCACACAGCUCUUGUCGUCGACCCAGUGUGACAAAAGAGCCACCAAAGGUUCCGUGGAAAAAGGUGGCUCAAUAUAUCUGGGCCCAUGGUGGAUCAUAUCACUUUGGCAAUGCCACUUGCAAGAAAAAAUGGUGUGAAGUUCAUAACGUGAAAGCUUGA